ACAUACAAAGCGAUCAAUCCUUGAUGCGGUGUUAAAAUAGCCUCAAACACUCGUUAAAAUCGCAGAACCUUCUUCCCCCCCUACCUGAACACGAAAGAACACAAACACCGUAGAACAGCGCCACUAGAAAAGUCCCUGGGGAGAGAACCUGUUUCCAGCUGCCAAUUAGGGUGAGGAGAGUCGAGCUGUUGAUCAGUGCGCGACCACUAAGCUUCAAUACAGCUUUACGCCGGUUGAGUUUUAUAUUAUCACUCAAGAUUGCUUUGUUUUCUCCUGGCAGAUUAUUCUAUGACCACAGAGAGAGCUCGCGAACAAAGUCGGUUGCGAGCGGAUGCCGAAAUUUUCAUUUUGACAACGUGAAUUAUCUCGCAUCUCAUUGUAAAGACCAGAGGGGUUCGACGUGGGGAGUCUGUUCUUCUCAACACUUGUGAUUGUGUUUACAGUGGCGAUAGCCUGCGUUCAUUUGCUCUGAUGGCUACACAACGCAAGCGUCCGAGGACGGCUUCUCCGAGUCGAGAACCGACAAAAUUUCGUAAACUUCACAAAGAAAUACAACAAAAUGAACCUUUAUCUCUGUUGGAUUUAAGCGCUCAAUGCGUGGCAGCAAAUAUUCCUUUCCAACAUGUAGAGGAACAAGGAACUCCGAUACCUGAGCCCGUACAACUCAAAGUGGUUUACUGGUCUUUCCCGAGAAAUGAGCGAGACAUUUGCAUGUACUCGUCUCUCCAUGCCACAGUUUCACACAACGAUGCAAAAAGGCUGCCAUUUCAGAGAGGUUUGGCUCUUCUUGAAGAAAACGCUGUCAGAGAUGUUCUACAAGUCGGUAAGUGAAUUUUCAAAGUUUGCGACACUGUGCCGGUUUUCUAUAGGUACAACUGACCUAAACUAACAUAAAUUGGGCGAAAAGAAAAACUUAAUCUCUUACAUGAUCGUCAGGAAGCUGUAAAAUUUCAAAUCGGGCAAGGUAUAAGAGUUUUCAAGCAUUUUCAUUGAAAAUCGAAUGCAUUCGUGCUUAAUUUGGUCUGUUUUUUCACCCUCCUGAGCGCUAGCGCCAGUCAGUCUACCAUCAAUUGUAAUAGGAAUAGUAAUAACCCUGUGAGAGCCGCUAUCAGUUUAGCCCAAAGUUUACCUCCUAGGUAACCCUAUAAAAUUCCGCUUUAAGGGAAUUUCUUGCUAUCGGUUUUCGCAAUCGAAGCUUUGCUAUGGAUUUUGUUUAUACAGAUUCUUGCAAGUCUACUGAUUGAUUCUGCGGGCAGCGCGUGAUUUUUCAAAGUACAUGUAUUUGUUUAUUAGCGUAAAAAAUUCAUCUCUAGCCGCGCGUGUGACACGAAUGAAAUUGUGGUGUUGAUACGACCGGUGACCAUGGAACUUCGCCUUAAAUUGUUACAUUCGCUCGUGAUUCUGUUGAACUUUAGGUCGUUCGAGUGAAACUUACAUUGUUACAGUUUACAAAGCGCUACUCGCUUUCUUGUAAAAAAGUCGAACUAAUUUUGUUGUAGGUAGUAAGACACUCAUAAUUCCAAUCUCCUUUUGAUACUUAAGAAGGAGCUUUAAAAAAAUCUGUAUCUUAGCGAUACCUCUUCCAUGGUUGAAAGCGUCCGAAGUUUGUUUCAAUUGCAUGGUUUUUUGAGUUCGCAAAAACAGCGAGUCGGGUAUUUGCAAGUUUUCUUGGAUCAGAGCAAAAACCCCCAGCUAAGUUUUAAUUUCUCAUCAAAGUUCAAUCGUCAGGUUUUCGCUUGAGCAAACAGAGUCACCUUUGUAAAGUGUUGAUAUUAAUGAACUAAGACUUUCAGUUUUUAUUCCUGUUUCUGUGCAAGGAAAUAAGUCGUAAUUUCACUAGGUCCAUCAAUUCAUCACUACAAACCUUACACAAAGGUUCCUGCUACCACCAAAUUACAAUCCCAAACCAAUCUGGGCGACGUGAGCUCAAACCCUUUACACUAAGUUCGUAAUUUUCCUUUCCUACACACAUAUCUGUCACUUUGUAGCAAAUUUGUUGUCUAAUACUCCUGAUUGAUGAUUUUCACUGAGCCUAAAAAGUCGUAACUCCCAUUUACGCAAACCUCGAAAAUUACACUAUAACAGUACUACGCAGUUUAAUUAGUUUGAAACAAGCGUCGCUGAAACUGUGCCUUUCGUUGCUCGUUCACAAAAGUUUCGCUAUUUUUGUAACUACAUGAACUGACUAAAACUUGGUUUGUUUAUUUGUUUUAAAUACAAAGAGGAUAGGUGAAAAUCUGUGGAGGAGCUUUUCACCACGGUGAAAUUGCUCCUUUGCUUUCGCUUUAAGAAACUAAAGGUCUGUCGGAAAAGGGGCUGCAUGAAAAGUGCUUGCUUUUAUCUUAAAAUCGGAAAAGAAAAUCAUUUCGAUUUUUUCAUUGCCGCAGGGUUGAAUACUUCGCGAGGUCAGUCACCUGUGUGAGUUGUUUCACUUUUAAGGCGGCCCAGUUACUGAGGCAAUUUUUCUCUUUCCUUGCUGGUGUUUCCUUGUUUCAACGUCAGUGCUUGAACCACAUUUUCCAAGCCUUCUGGUGAUAAUUCGUUUCAGUCGAAAAGGAAAGGGACUGUAUCUGAAGGAAACGCCCUACGUGCAACACGAGAAGGAUGCACUCUUGUCUGGGCGGGCGCGCGUGCAAAAGGAAUUCAUUCGACAAUUCAUUUCAGCAUAUUAAAUGAAAUACAAAACAACAAACCAAAAUCACGACCAAGAUUAUCAGUUUUCUCGUAUUUCUUCGAAGACAAUACAAAGAAAACGAAUGUGCUCUUUCAACAGAUUCAAAUUGCAAACUGCUUCUUGAAAGCGCAUUUUUGAAGUAAUAGACUUGUUUGAACCUAACAGGAUAAAGUCUUUGCAACUCGGAAUCCUCCCUGCGUGGUUUUGAGCUCAUUUCAACCACACAUUUUUGAUUAAUUGAAUAAAGGGAAGUUUCUCUCCCAAGAUUUUCAUCUUCCCGGGAGUAGAACUUCUUUAAGGCGCUUUCUCGAUCAAAGGUUAAAAACGCGGAUUUGAAGCUUACUAAUGUGUGGAAAUGUAACAGAAAACCAUGUCUUUGUGAGUGAAGUUUAUUACCGUGAAAGAUCAUGUUAACAGGUCAUUGGUCCAAAGUACUGUACGGUCAUGUUGUACAUCAGAGUUUGUAAACCAUCAGACGAAAAAAAUCAGCAGUAACUGUAAAGGAUAGAUUUCAUUUGAAUCACUCAACACUAUAGUUUAACGGCUUGAGGCGAAUAUUGCGGUGAAGACGGUACACUUUCUUGUCUAAGGCGCUUAAAGAUGGCUGGGAUGAAAAUGAAGUCUUUCAGUGGAUUAAUCAUAUCAUAAUUGCAUUCUAACAAAGAGAAGCAAAAUACGUCAAAGAAACAAUUAACCCAGACAAACAAUAGACAAUUUUUAUCGCUGUAGAAAAUAGGUCUGUUCCAAUCAAACCAAUAUUUUCCAUUAGGAAAGCUAUCUCGGGAGUUUAUUUUAACUCGCUUGGUAUGAUUGUCGCAUUUCAGGUUUUCAACUGAGUGGAAAAGUCGUUGAGGAGGAAGACACAAAGUAUGGCGCUCAAAAAGAAGAAUAUAAUGUGUCAGUUGGCUUCGAUAGAUGUAAAAUAACCGAAGUGUCCUGCACUUGUGGUAACAAAGACAUUCUCUGGUGUCCUCACGUCGUUGCGCUUGCGCUGUACAGAAUUCGCAACCCAGAAAAAGUCACUUUAAGGGUACCAAUCUCAGAGACAUUACUUCAAAUGAAUCGCGAACAACUUCAGAAACUGUUACAGUAUCUCAUAACUGAGCAUCACACCGAAGUUUUGCCGACUGCUCAGCGAUUGGCCGACGAGAUUCUGCUCAAAACUUCAGAGAUAAACCGUUUACCAGGCGCUCCUGAUCCAACCGCAGGCGCUGGAGCUGAUGAUGAAAGUUGCUGGCAUUUAGAUGCAGAACAAGUUAGGCAACAAGUUAGAAAUUAUUUGUCUCAAGGAGGGUAUUAUGGAAGCGGAAAACACCUUCUAUCGAUGUUUGCUAAGGUAGGAAACAGUUCUGAUUGUUUCACUGAACACAAAUAUCUUUAAAAUAAAAACAAACACAAAUAAACCUGAAAUAUUAAUCAAGUUAACAACAACAAAAACAUCUGCUGAAGUCACGUCUCUGUUACUAUUAUCUCUCGCUGUCCAUGACAACUUUUCUCCUCGUUUUCAGCGCCUGAACAUUGCAAAAGCUUUUUCAAAAAUUCACAUCCUUGGACACUAACAUCUUCUAAUGAUGAUCUUUAAUACCCCACAGGUACGAGAAAUGCUUCGUGUCCAUGACAAUAAUGGCUCACGCAUGCUCAGACUCAUCACAGAGCAGUUUUUAGCUGACCCUCGACUACAAAUUUGGAAAGAACAAGGCACUUCGAUGAAUGAUAAGUGUCGACAGUUGUGGGAUCAACUCGGUGCAUUGUGGGUGUGCGUAGUGUUGAACCCAGACAGCACUUGUGCGGAAAAAGCCGCGUGGAAACAACAACUAGAAACGUGGAGCCGGCAAGAAGUUUGCCCGUUGGAAAAUCCAGAUGCUCAACUCGCAGACGAGAUUGACAAUGUUUCCGACGAAAUGUGCACGCGCCGUACCGUGUUUUCUAGGGCAAUGCACGCUUGUGAUUUGGACUGGGAAGACCACAUUUUAAGAUGCCUCAUUGGACGCGAAGGCCAAGAUAAAGAUAUUGAAUGCCUAACAUGGAAAGGUGAGGAUUGUUUGAUUAAAGUAGAAAAACAUAGGUCCAUAAGUUUAAUUUUCUGAAUCACAUAUUAAGGUCACGAGAAUAAAGGUAAUGAUCACCAACAAGAGAUGCUUUUGAUUGUUAAACAAAUCCUCCUUGUCGACACCUUUGGAAAAGUAUACAGAAUUCUGUUGAGAAUAUGGGUUUAUGAACAGUCUUACACAAGGAAUGCAAAGGAAAAGGAAUAUCCUAAAGUUUGGAGUAUGUUUUUACGCCUGAUGUAAACUUACACAAGUCUUUGUUUUUCUGCGUCAACAGAGGACGUUCCCAUGGCAGCCGCACGUGUAGAUGCCCUACGAGCGCAUGGCUAUCCUCAAGAAGCCUUACGAUUGGCUGUCGCUGUAGCACGAGGUAUGAAAGAGGAGCAGUUGGAGAAAGUUUACGAAAUGGAAGCUUUGUUGGAGAAGUUCAGCGAGGACGACAUUGCGGAGAAACUUUGCGAUGAAAGUACAGAAAGAGAUGGAUUUAUAGAGGGAUGGAUUGGACAUCAGCUCGAUCCAAUUGUUGUACUGUAUGACACUCUUAUCGAGGAAGCCAUCGGGCCUCAAGAUAGUGAAUCAGAGUUUGAAGGCAGUACAGAAUGUAAUGAAGUUAAAAACGUUACAAACGUUCCUCUUCCAGAAUGUGGAAACGGAAAAGACACCUUCUUAACAUUAGCUCUUGAAGUGGCCCUCAUGGGGCUGGGACAGCAACGAUCUAUCCCCGUGGGAUUCUACGCGCAGGACAAAGCUUGUCGUCAAGAGGAACAUCUCAUCGCACAGCUGAAUCUUCUAACUUUUGACAAUGUUCUGUAUCCUGUCCUCAAAACACAAACUGAACUUCUACUGAAGAGUGGGCCAUUCAGUAGCCUAGGACUUGGAGUGCAGAAAAACAGCAUUCCCAUGCACACGUUUGCACGAUUUUUAUUUAGCAACUUGAUGCAAAAGGAUUUACAUCUUGCCUUUAAUCUUGGCCUCCGCGCAAUGCGUUUCUUAGCGUUGGAUGACUUCCUAGGUGACAUUGCGGACGAGGAGAUACCCGUGGUGGGCCAUGCUAGGUCCACUCGAUUGUACACUCUAGGACACUUGCAAUCUCAGCAGUGUGAGCUAGCAUCGCGCCUACUUAAUGCUGCGAAGGACUCUUCUGAACGUCUACCAGCCAUUCUACAAGCCUCACAACAGCACGUACACUCUGCAACUCAGCUAUUUCGUCUGGCGCAAGACGCUUUCAAACUGUCCACUGAUCAGGCGUCAGAAACACGUGACCCUGACAUGCUUCACUUUGCGAUGGAACUGGGUCUCAAAGUGCUACAGAUGACGCUGAAUGCUCACAACUGGAGGCGACGUGACAUGGUGCAGUGGGUCAUAGAAUGCGCCGUGGAAUCUGGCACAUCUGCUCUCAGCCACAUCAUGAAGAGCUGGAGCACGCUGUUCACUCCAACAGAAGCCACAUCUCAGGUGGCUACUGCCGUGAUGGCACCUUCCACGGCGGCGCGUCUUGAGCUAACAGUGAUCGAGAAGGAAGCGCUUAUGUGUUGUGCUCGAGCCUUGGCUCUGCAGUGCGCCAGCCGAGACCCACAGCGCUGCUGCCUUUCUACGUUAACGCUCUGCGAGAAAAACCCUGCUGCCUUUGAGACAGCUUAUCGCUUAGUUGUAGAGUCGGCCGCCGUGAUUCCACCGACACAACUCUUCGCCAUUGCGCGCUACAUGGACUACCGCGGCUAUCCUCAGAGAGCUUUCAAACUUGCCACUCUUGCCAUGAAACACUUCACCCUCGCUUACAACCAAGACAGCCACCCAUCUAUCGGAGACAUUCACUGGGCAUGCGCUCUGUCCCAAGCUCUUGGCUACAACGAACUCACACAGAUCAUUCCACUCAUCGUCAAAGCAGUACACUGUCCAACGGUGCUAUCAGAUUUGCUUUUCCGGUGCACCCUUGCAAAGGCCGCUGUGGAGGAGGCCCAGAAUGGGCAAUAUUUCAUUAAGGACAAUAGCAGGGUGACCUGCGAAGAAGAACCUUUGAGGCAGCUUUUGGAGGGAACCAUUAGCGCAUAUGUGAACACUGCACAUAGCAGACUGAACCACAUUAGUCCCAAGCAUUAUAUGGACUUCGUCACAUUCCUCAGCAAAGCACAGGAAACUUUUCUCCUAGCUUCUGACGGAAAUGGACGCUUCAACGCGCUCAUAAACAAUAUGAAAGUUUUGUACAAAGGAAAGAAAAAGCUUAUGCAGCUAGUCAAAGAAACAUUCGGUUAAUUUCACACGGAACAAAGUCUGAAAUAUUAUAAAUUAUUUAUGAAAUGAAAAUUCAGAGAAUUUGAGCUUUUGAGAGAUGAGAUAUUAUCGCUUUUUUGAUAGGCGACGAAGGAAACGAAAUUGUACAUUAACAUGGUAGAAUCUAUUAAUUUUUCCUCCUCCGCUUCACUUCGCCUCUAAACUGGAAAUAGAGACAAAAUGUUACUUGGGUUGGCUGUUUACCGUUUUAGCUAGGCAGUGUAACCUUUAGAGUGUUAAAAUUAAAAUUGUUUUACAAAAAUUG